GUGGGGGCUUGAGAUGUUGUAAAAAUUUAAAAUCAUGAAUCAUGAAUCAACAUGAGGAAGUAGAGGAUGACAGAACAUCAAAAAUUUUUAUGGAUCUGUUUUUCAUUCAUUUCAAUGUUUUCCAUCCCAACCACAGAGUAAGCCAGUCGCUCGUGCCGUCGAAGUGAUAACGUAUAGUGCAAUGCACAUCACACACGCUUCUUGAUUGACGACGCGCUUAUCAUUGUCAAUAAUAUAAAAUUUAUACACACUGUAUUGCGAUGGAAGUAAAUAAAAAUAAAAAAAAAUUAAUCGACACAAGCUGCCGACAUUAAUUGCUAUUUGGCUAUUUCUGGAUGAUGUCGAAAUUUAAUUUACCGC